AUGCCUAUCUUUAAGGAGGUGGGAAGAACAAUCCUUACCAUGUACCUGGAAGGAUGGGAAUCCCAGAGGGCAGACGGAGGAGCGGGGAAAGCUCCUGCGUUCACUCAGACUAGCCAGCAGCCCUCGUGUAGCUCCCGCGCAGCAGCGUCGCCCAGGAAGUGGUGCUCGAGGCUGGGGCUCGCUGGCAUUGUCCUUCACCUGAGAGCGCCCCUCUUAAACACCGGCGGACCCGCCAGGGAGGGAGAGCGGUCUUAUCACAAAAGGCAGUCACCACCAGGCAGCGGUGGUCAUCAGCGCGUCAGCUUCGGGGAAAGCGGUACGUCCGAGCUUCUCCACAGCCGCCGUACUUUCCGUGCUUGUUGCGGCAAGCUGUCUCCAGACCCGCCUCUCCGCCUGUCGUCAUCUCUGAAUCAUCCCGCCCCAUUUCGACAUCUCUCUUCCCUCCCUCCAGCUCUCGGCUCGGCGCAGGACCCAGCGACAGCGGGCCCCGAGGAACUCAUUCAUUCAACAACUGCGGGGUUUACAGGGCGACUUCGGGUGCAAGCCUGCUUCCCGGAACGGCCCGCGGGCCGCGCCAGGGGAUACCCGGCUCAAGCUGGCUCCACCUCACGCCGGCCUGAGAUCCCGCGGGAACAGAGCUCUCGGGCCAAGGCCGCCUGCACGCGACCCGCGCAUCCCGGGAUUUGGGGCGGGCGCUCGAACGCAGAUCCGAACGGCAUCCGUCAGCGGUUUGACCUUGAAGGCCUGGCACCACGCCCCAUCCACCCCAGAAGGUACCGCCUGGAGCUCCACAGGCGCCAGUCUGGGGCCCAAAUCCGGUCUCUCUCGCCCCUGGGCUCUUCGCUCUCUUCCGGUAGCCAAUCGGAUCCCGACGUGAUGAGGGCCAAUGGCCGCGGUCAAAGUAUCAAGAGUGGUUGA